CCUCCUGCCCCCUGCCACUCCGGAGGAUCGCUAGCUCUAGCUGCUCCUGCUGUCUCUAUUUUAAGCACCCUCCAGCUCCUCUCCCCCUAGCUUAGCUCCUCCCUAGGCUGUCUCCAUUGCUGCCCACUAAGCAGCAGCACGAGCGGAACCAGUGCUCCGCGCUGCGAACCGCUCAGGCGAUCGAGCUGCGUGCGCGCGUGUGCGAUCCCGCCGGCGGUGAAGAAGAGCGAUCGAUCGAGAUGAGCUGCAACGGCUGCCGCGUGCUGCGCAAGGGGUGCAGCGACGCCUGCGUGCUCCGGCCCAGCAUCGAGUGGAUCGACGGUGCCCAGCCGCAGGCCAACGCCACCGUCUUCGUCGCCAAGUUCUUCGGCCGCGCAGGACUCGUUGCGUCCCUCGCCGCCGUCCCACUGCAACACCGACCAGCGCUGUUCCGUUCUUUGUUGUACGAGGCGUGCGGGCGGACCAUCAACCCGGUGAGCGGCGCCAUCGGCCUCAUGUGGACGGGCAACUGGGACCUCUGCCAGGCCGUCGCUGACGCCGUCCUCCGCGGCGAGUCCCUCCGCGCGCUCUCCACCAUCCCCGCCGCCUUAACGGACCGCGACAUGGCCGGACUCUACGGCAGCGUCGGCGUCGCCGCUUCCUCCUCCUCCUCGCCCGAGCACUCCUCCACGCCAUCCAAGAAGCGCAAGAACGGCCACGCCUUCAAUGCCAUCGGGGCUGCCCCAGGCUGCCAGCCGCCGGCGGGGCUGCUGCAGUCGUGCGAGCUGGACCUCUGCCUGACGCCGGCGUCGCCGCUGGCAGGAGGGCGACGGGGCUGCGGCGCGUCGGACGAGUCCUCCGCCACGACGACGUGCGAGGAUCAAGCCAGCGGCGACGCGAAGGCCAGGGCGCCGGGGCUGCUGAACCUCUUCAACUGACUGAUCUCUCGUGUCGUGUCGUCCUUCUUCCUUUCUAAGCUUAUAACUGUGCAGAGAGAGUUUACCAGGGUGUGUGGUAAUUAGUUGCAGGAAUCGAUGUUGGUUAAUUAAGCGUUUUUGGAUGCAAAAAUGGUUUUGAAGUGA